AUGUGCACGUGGAACUACCUCCACCAUCACCACCUGCCCUCCUGUCCGCGCCCGAUCGACAUGGUGGUGCACUACGAGUACUGCUUCAAGGCCACGGCCGAUCCGACCACAGGCGAGACGCAGCCGUGCAACGAGACAUACUUCGCCGACGGGGGUGCAGCCCUGAUGAAUCAGGUCGACUACAACGAUCCGUGCGCAACAGGAGGCUGCGUGAUAUCGCCCGACUGCUCGUCGGGCCUCUGCCGGCUGUCCCAGCUGGGCGGGCGCUGGGUGUGCUGCCAGUGCGGCGGGCGCGGCAACGAGUACCGCUGGUGCCAGCACCGGAUGCGGACCAGCCCCGACACGUUCUGCUACCACGUCUGCUGUGACACGUGCGGACCCGAUCCUGGAGGCUCGUCAUCCUCCUCGGCGUCGGGGGUAACGUCGGGAACGUCGGGAUCGGGGUCAGGUUCGAGUCGGAGGAAGGGGAGGUGA